CUCCCGCCCGACACGCACGAACACGCGCCAUCACACUCUUUGAUUGCCAGCGCCAAUUCAAAAAUCGCCGGAAGAGCGCCAAGCAGACAGCUGGAUCGGACUAUCGAUAGCAGGGCGAAAGGCAUUCGUUGGGCAGCACUGGCCGCAAAGCCGAUAGGCGGCCGCGCCAAUCGAUAGCUGGGUCGAAGAAGGAGGAGGAGAAGCAGAGGAGAAAAACAAAAACCAAUUGUGAAAAAGUGUAAAGUUUAAAUCGAAGGAGAAUUGUGUGGGCAAAGCGGAGGAUAAACGACGAACCUGCCGAAUCGAAACGAAACCUACCUUUAGACACUAGGUUUUCUAGGGCUAACCAGCGGGAGUUUUGCACCUGCUGAAAGGCACACACACACGAGCGCACUCACACACACCCAAAUCGUCAUUCUCCCCUUACUUUUUUUUUGCGAAAUCCAAGACGAAGUCGAAAUCCACAACAAAUGCAGAUUGGAGCUUGAUUGGUUUUUUGCGAUUAGUGCCGAGUCACGCGGAAUCAGUAUAGUUUUGGGUAGAGAGAACCGUAGCCAUAAUACCACGACAACCAUGUCCGUGAGGACGAAGGUUCUCGGCCUGGUGGACGUGAUGAUGCGCGUUCCGCCGAUAAUGGUCAUCGAUGAGAUCCUGAAAAUCGGCAUGGGCCUGCCCACGCGACUCUAUCCGGACAAGGAUAAGGCCGGUGCCAGCAUAGACCCGCCAACGGAAUCCCCACCAGAGUCAUCCAACCAGAAUCCCCUCGCCAGCAUCAAGGAGUUCUUCGGCCUCGGCUCGGGUGAUGGUCUCGCCCAAAUGUCCUCCGCCGCAUCCGCUCAAUCUGCCCUGGAACAGACCAUCGAGAACGCCUCCCGAUCCGCCAAAAGCCACGGAAUGCUCAGCUCCGUCUUCAACACCGUCAUGGACGAACUGUCCCAGGACCAAACGCUGGCGGAUGUGCUCAGCAUCACCACGGUCAAGUUCGUCAUCUGCCUGUUCGGUUUCCUGUCCGCCGCUUGCAUCUUCAUGCUCUGGACCCGCCACCUGGUGAUGGUCUACAUGUUCCUCACCUCACUGGGCCUCACCUUCCUGUCCUACUGGUCAAAUGUUAGUGCGCUGGCGCUGAUGGAGCGGAGUCCCAGCAUACUGGAGGAUCUGAUGUCGCUCAACACCACGAGAUUACUCGAUUCGGGCGGGGUGGUCAUGUCGCUGGCGCCGCAUCUGAUGGCCCAGUGGUUCAUGGGCAUGCUGUUCGCCUACAUCCACCUGGGUCCGAGAUACGAGAUGCUCCAGAAAUCGAUGCCCAUCAUCUUCGCUAGUCCAAUUCUGGUGGCCAUGCUUCCACUGCCGCCAAAAAUUGUGCAACAGCUGCCAGUGGUGGCCGGAUUUACGCCUAUCGUCCUCACGAAGAUCACGCUGAUGCACAGCGCCAUGGAGGCGAGUCGUACGGUCUACAACGGGUAUCAGUACGCCCUGAACUUUGUGUCCAACUUUGGACUGUCGGCGCUCAUAGAGAAUGAAUGGCAAAGGCUGAAUGUGCCCAACGUUUUGAGGGUUUUUUGGACCAUCAGAAUCAUUCAAGGCGGCUAUGCUUUGGCCACGACCGAGCCCGAGGAGGCCCUGGAACUAAUGCCGGCUACACAGAAGCUGCUCGUCGAUGGCUGUGAAACCCUGACGGCGGUGUUGGGAAUGACCGGCGUCAUCUCAAUGAUCUGCCACUACAUCGGACGCGGCUUUCAGUGGUACCUGCUGACCUACGACAACGACGAGGAGAAGUCGCUGGGCACCGUCUCGGCAGUGCUCUUCUACAUCCUUGCUCUGCAGACGGGAUUGACCUCCCUGUCGCCGGACAAACGCUUCAUUAGGCUGUGCCGUAAUCUGUGCCUGCUGAUGACCGCUCUGCUGCACUUUCUCCACAACAUCGUCUCGCCCAUUCUGAUGUCGUUAAGUGCGGCCCGGAACCCCUCGCGAAAACGUCAUGUGCGAGCCCUAACCGUCUGCGCUUUCCUCGUGGUGAUGCCCGUAUCCCUGCUAUACUACCUCUGGUCACAGCGAUCCAUAUCAACCUGGCUGCUGGCGGUAACCGCCUUCUCCGUCGAGGUGAUCGUCAAGGUGCUCGUCUCGCUGGCCACCUACACGCUCUUCCUGCUGGACGCUCGCCGUCAGUUCUUCUGGGAGAAACUCGACGACUACCUGUACUACGUGCGUGCUUUUGGCAACUCCGUGGAGUUCUGUUUCGGCAUCUUGCUGUUCAUCAACGGUGCUUGGAUCCUAAUCUUCGAAUCGGCCCAAAAUGCUACAGGCGGCGCCAUCAGAGCGAUCAUGAUGUGCAUCCAUGCCUACUUUAACAUCUGGUGCGAGGCCCGGGCGGGAUGGUCGGUAUUCAUGAAGCGGCGUUCGGCUGUCCACAAGAUCUCUUCCCUGCCGGAGGCAACUCCUGCCCAGCUGCAGGCAUUCGACGAUGUCUGCGCCAUUUGCUAUCAGGAAAUGUAUUCUGCCAAGAUCACGCGGUGUCGUCACUUCUUCCAUGGCGUCUGCCUGCGCAAGUGGUUGUAUGUCCAGGAUCGUUGCCCCUUGUGCCACGAGAUCAUGAUGUAUACGGACAAGGCAGAGGAAAAUGCACAGGAGGCGGAGCCAGCGGCGGUUGCCCAGGCUGAACAGCCACUUCGUAUUUACCCGCGAGACGACGGAAACAUCGCUGCUGCGCCGCGACGCUCGCCAGAGCGAGUUCCUGUCGAGGUGCCAGAGGCGGCCGCCACCUCUUCCAAUGCAGCAGCGGUGAUCGGGCUGGAGGCAGCAGCUGCCAUUGUGGAGACCGCAGCGGCCGUUGCGGAGGCGAGGUCUCUGUCCAACGUUUCCAGCAACGCCACUCAAAGAAUCAACGCCAGCGAGAGCAGUGACGGCAGCUUCAUCUCAGCAUCCAGCCAACAGCCUCCGCCGACGGCAACAUCGGCUGCUGCUGUGGCCACGGCGGCGGCCAGCAAUACGACGCACAUGUUCCGGAUGUCGCAGGACCAGCAGUAAUAGGAUCGGAUCGGAACGGGAGCGCUCGGCGUACCUUGUUUUUCUUAUAUAUCUUACUACUUGGAAAUGUACUGUGUGUUAGUGUACUUAUGUAAAAAUUGCAAAUCUUUGUAGCGAUCCAAGGCUUCUCUAUUCCUUUAAAGAGCAAUCUAUUCCUAUCACACAACGACACACACUCCCUAGAACACAAAAACAAAACAAAAAAACACGACAAAUAACACUCACACCUUCGAUCCUCAUAGGCACAGACAUUUACGUAUAAAUAAAACACGCAGCCAUGCUUAAUUAAAUUAUAUACCAUGCAUAUAAUAGCGCGCUGAACGAUAAUGAGACGAUAAUUGAACCAGAGAUCUAUGUACGUUAAGUUUAUGGUAAAAAGAUGAUCCAAAAAUGUUGAAACACACACAAAAAAAAUUAGCCCUAAGUUUGCAGCGGAUAAAAACAGUGUAAAAAUACCAUCAGCGGAUAGAAAACAAACAAAAAAAAACAA